UCGAACUUCUGCGCCCCGCCAUGCGCCUUUCGACGCUCGCUCUUAAGCGAAGCGGGGCGCGGGGAGGUAGGGGGGGGGGGCUGAGGACUCCGCCACGGACGCCCAAAGAAGGCUACGCCGCGUGAGCUUUCACAGGGAAGGCGGAGAGAAGGCGAGGCAGAGCUCCCGUUUGGCAGCGCCCUCAGCCAAGCGACGGGAACGACCCGUGAGGCGCGCGCUUUUCCUCCCCCCAGGGCGCCGCUCAGCGCGCAGGUGGCCAGGCCGUCCGGCCGCUUCCUCGCUCUCUCUCGCUCUCUUUUUCCCCCCCAAGUCCCCGCAACCCGGGGUUUUUAUAACCCUGCCGGCUUCUCUCCCACAGAAGGGACCAAUAACCGGAGGGGACUCCGCCUUGGCUUACCCGCCCCCUCCGAGCGGGGCGGGGAAGCGGGAGCGGCGUGCUGGAGAGGGGCGGCAGCGGAACGGGGAGCUGACGCGCGCGUGUGACAUUUGGCCAGAGAGCCUCCGCCGGCGGAAGACUUCCCGGCACUUUCCUCGGCCCCCCGCACCGUCUACCUCAAGGGCAUCGUCCGACGAGGCUUCCCGGUUUGCCCUCAGAGCCGCUCGGCGCGGGAGAAAGGCAGGUUUCCUGUUCGGCGAAAGGGACUUGCUGCUGCGCGGCUGGGCAAAGCGGACUCUGGACGCCGGGGAGAGAUUCUCUCUCUCUCGCUCCCCCCUCUCUCCCUCCGUCUCUCUCUCUCUCUCUCUCUCGGGGGGAAAAGAUGCACACGACGCAGAAGGACACCACGUAUACCAAGAUCUUCGUCGGGGGUCUGCCCUACCAUACCACGGACUCCAGCCUCCGGAAGUAUUUCGAGGUCUUCGGCGACAUCGAAGAAGCCGUGGUCAUCACCGACCGGCAGACGGGCAAAUCCCGGGGAUACGGAUUUGUAACCAUGGCUGAUCGAGCUGCUGCCGAAAGGGCCUGCAAAGAUCCUAAUCCAAUCAUUGAUGGCAGAAAAGCUAACGUGAAUCUUGCCUACCUGGGAGCAAAACCAAGAAUUAUGCAGCCAGGUUUUGCCUUUGGGGUUCAACAGCUCCAUCCAGCCUUAAUCCAGAGACCCUUUGGGAUCCCUGCUCAUUACGUAUAUCCGCAGGCUUUUGUGCAACCUGGGGUGGUUAUUCCACACGUCCAGCCUACAGCUGCUACUUCCACCACACCAUACCUUGACUACACGGGAGCUGCGUAUGCUCAGUAUUCGGCGGCGGCGGCCGCUGCAGCAGCGGCAGCCUAUGACCAGUAUCCCUAUGCAGCUUCGCCAGCUGCUGCAGGAUAUGUCACCACUGGGGGAUACGGCUACGCGGUCCAGCAACCUAUCACCGCAGCAGCGCCUGGAACAGCUGCAGCUGCAGCAGCUGCUUUCGGCCAAUACCAGCCACAGCAACUGCAAACAGAUCGUAUGCAAUAGCAGACGGACGUUGCAAGAAAGCACCCUUUGUUAUUAUUCCUAUCAAUUUACCUUCAAGCCUUUCGGUAGAAAUAAUUAACUUUUAAG